UUCCCACACGACCUUGACCGGCUUCGUUUCGGCACCAACGUGCAGUGUCAUACGGCGCGGCAACAAGUAUAUAUAGCGAGGCGGCGGCGAGGUUCAGCAGUCGCUUCUUCGCAUAAGAGCACACACCACCACCACUAAGAUGAGACCCAUCCACGCCUUCCUGGCCCUGGCCCUCGUCGUGGCCUGCGUCAGCGCCGGCAGGAUUGGCGGCGGCGGCUGCUGUGGGGGUGGACAUGGCGGCGGCGGCGGCGGCGGCGGCGGCGGUGGUUUUGGAGGUGGCGGCUACGGCGGCGGCGGCGGCGGCGGUGGAUUCAGCAGAGGAUUCGGGGGAGGAUUUGGCGGUGGCAGCUUUGGUGGCAGUUCCGGAGGUUACGGUGGAGGCAGCAGAUUCAGCGGCGGCGGCGGCGGCGGCUUCCGUGGAGGUUUCAGUGGUGGAAAGGGAGGCUUCGGCGGUGGUGGCCGCCGCGGAGGAUCCGGAGGCUUCGGGGUGGCGGCUACGGUGGUGGCGGUAGCUUCGGUGGCGGCAGCUUCGGCAGCGGCAGCUUCGGCGGCAGCAGCUUCAGUGGCGGCAGCAGAUACGGUAGCGGCAGCUUCGGUGGCGGGAGCCACGGUGGCGGCAGCUUCGGUGGCGGGAGCCACGGUGGCAGCUUCGGAGGCGGCGGCUUCAGAAGUGGAGGAGGAUACGGCAAGUAAGACAUCUGUUUCACGUCUUCGUCUCAACGCAUGAAUGAAAAGGAACCGACCCAGGUGUGCAUCUGAGAGUGCGUGCGUGCGCAAGUGUGCGUCCACGUUUACCAAAAAGAAGAAAGAUAUUUACCACUGUCUCAACUUCACCUUCAUUUUCUCCCCGUCGAUCCUUUUCGAUUCCCGGUGACGAAAUCAAUAAAUUAUAUACAAACUUA